AUGUCUGGCUUAGACUUGGGCUUUGCUUCUCACUUUGUUAACCACCUGCAGCGGCGGCUGGAUGCCGACGAAGGUUACGGCCAGUUCCACGACGGUGAUGAAGACCACAACAACGCUCAACAACCCAACUCCGGCGGAGAUAUUAUGGGCCGCCGCCCGAGAGGCCGACCGCCCGGUUCGAAAAAUAAACCGAAGCCACCGGUUAUUAUUACCAGAGAAAGCGUUAACACCCUUCAAGCCCACGUCUUGGAAGUCAACACUGGUUGCAAUGUGUUUGACUCGAUCGCCACGUAUGCUCGGAAAUGCCAACGUGGCAUCUGUAUCCUGAGCGGUACUGGCACCGUCACUAAUGUUAACUUGCGGCAACCUGCGACCGGUAGCGCCGUUAUCACACUCUAUGACAGGUAUUCACAAUUAUCUUUGUGGGGUUUGUUUUUGCCGCCGCCUGCUCUGCCGGGGGUGACGAGUUUGAGUAUCUUUCUCGCCGGAGGGCAAGGGCAGGUUAUCGGAGGGAAGGUUGUUGGCUCUCUGAUUGCGUACGGACCGGUAAUUGUCAUCGCUUCGUCGUUUACCAAUGUUAGUUAUGAGAGGCUGCCGUUGGACGACGGUGGAGGUGGCGGCGGCGGCGGCGGCAGGGACCCGUCAGGUGGGUCAGUUCUUGAAUAUGCCGUUGAACAUGUCGGGGAAUGA